AUGGAUAACGAGAAGAAUAUCUGCGAACUGUUGUCUUCUAAACGGAUGGAUAUUUUACCAAACACGUAUUCCAGAGGAAAUGAACGGCUUUUGAGGAAUCUACAGUUUGAACAUAACUUCUUUUGCGAUUCACUUUCCGAUUUCCACAAAUGUAAAAGGAAAGAAGAGCUCAAAUCAACUCAAAGACAACACUACACCAGGGUUGUGGAUAACUUUGAAAAGAUUUUGAAUGACUUGUCAACUUUUCACGACGCCUGGUGGAUUGAUAAAGUUUACUUCCCAAUCGCAGUCGCUGCUUUUGCUGAUAUUUCAUCUUUCUCACCUGUGUCUCUUCCAGCUAUCUUCACUCUUGUUAUUUCAGCAUUUCCAGUAGCGUUUCUUUUGACCUUUCGCCUGGCGUUUUUUGCUGUGGGUCUUAUCGAAGUGAAGUUUGUGUACACCGAUUUAAAACCCUUGAUGACCAACGAAUUAGUAAUACCAGAUGCUGUUGGAAUGGAAGUAUUAAAGGAUAGAAUUGUCAAAGUCAUAAAGCAAAUUUGCGACCUUGUCCCUCAUGAAACAAGUGGAAAUCUUUCAAGAAGAAAAACAACUUCAAUUCAACCAUUCAAGUGGUACGGACUCGGAGGACCGAAAUGCUGCGGACCGCCUUGA